GUUGCAGCCCCCGCCGGCUACUUUCUUCGGGGCCCUGGAGCCGGGGAACCCGGUGAUCGACAGCUUCGAGUCGGAGCUGCGGGACUUCCUGGGCUUCAUGCGCCGGCUGCGGAGCGUGGGGACGGCCGCGCCGCGGGGGCAGGAGCUGCACAGACGCGGAGCAAACACUUUGUUUAAUAUUUGGAUCAAGUAUAAGCCUCGACUGCCAGAUUGGUAUUACAAUGAAAAACUUCUGAAAGUUGGUGACCUCCUUAUUCAGAUCAAAGAAUAUAAGCUAGCACUUCUACAGUGCUACGGACGGUAUCUUCAGCAGUCCAGUUCAAUAAACCUUGACGAGGUAAUAGCAGAUGUGAAUCAGUUUAAGUCCGUGUUUUUUCCAAAUGGUUUUGGUGAUAAAAGCGCUGCACUUACGUUCCAUGCUUUGCAAGGAAGGAAUAUUUGCAUUUAUCAGAUGUUAUGCAUCAGUGAUAGAAAUCUCCAGAAUCGAGAAUCUCUGCAGAUGUGUUUCAAUAUCUUGUCCUCCUUACGACUCAUUAUGCAGGUGGCUCUACCUCAGGAGCAUUUGUGUUGGCUUAUCUAUAAUGGUACAGUUUAUAUAUACACCAUAUGCAGACGUUUGAUGAGCCUAGGUCAGUCUGCUAAGGUGCUGGAAUACCUAUUGUGGGCCAGCAUAUGUAUGGAAUCAUCAGUCCCACUUUUAGCUGUACACUAUUUGACAUGGAGAACCACCCUUUACACUGCAGUUUGUUAUUGUUAUUAUGAUUGCCAAGCCAGCAUCCAUGGAGAGGUAUUUGCUCGCCGUGGUCUGAGUAAAAUUGAUGAACUAAAGCAAUUGGAAAGCAUGAGUUCUUCACCACAAAAUUCAGAAACAAAAAAAGUUUUUAGAGAGGCCACUAUAAAGAUGGCAGUAAUGGUUUUCAAGAGAGCAGUAUAUGAAUCCAGAAGAAAGCCCAAAGGAUUUUUUCGACCAAAAUUAAGGGUUAAUCUAAAGGAAGCACAAAAUUUGCCAUGGCCUCGUACUGUUACAGAACGGCUGCUGACAGAGAUGUUUGAUGGCACUGCAGCCCAUUUCCUUGCCAUCCUAGAAGCUCUCUCUGAUAGUAAUAGACAAGCGUUGCGCCCUGCUCCACCUGUUCCCGAUGAAACUGAGAUUCGAGAUGUGGUUUCAGAGCUUUUUUUUGCAGGCAUGGAUAUCCUGGCAGGUGGCGGCAGCUUUGCUAGUACACAAGGAAGUUAUUGUACUGAGUCUUCUGGUGUAAUAAGUGCAUCAUCGACACUUCUGCAGCUUAUAUUAAUGGGGAAAAAUGGUGUUUCUGGAGAAGCUGCUAUGAAGUUUAUAAAGUUAGCUUUCAGCUAUGAAGAGUGGGAUGUAUUUGAUUCUACUAUUGGACUGAUUGCUAAUUUUCUUCAGAAUCAAGAUGAUCCAAUAUGGAAGAAAGCAGAAAUGGAACUCAGGCUUAUUAUUGCGAUGCAACCUCUAGUGUCUACAAGAAGAUCUAAACAUGGCCUCUCUGUCCAGGAAAAUAUUUUUAAGGAAGCCACGAUAUCUCGCAGUUCUGGAAGAAGAACAAUAGCACUUCAAGAAGGAUCCCUAAAGCCUGGAGACCCUUCUGAUGAUCUUGUCACUUUGGCAACCACAGUGUUUUCCUGCGUAUGUACAUCUAAGCAGACUCUCCAGCCAGAUAAAGAAAUACUUGUUGAUAUAGUAAUGUUUCUGUGGCAGAAGUGCAAAGUGGGAGUUCAGCGGAUCCAAAUGAGUGGAAGUGCCUGCUUAAAAUAUAUCUACAAAUUCAAAGCUUACAAAUGGGUUCACAUACUUUGGAUAAUAAAUGAAGUAAUUCACAGCAGUAACAUAGUAGAUGCUAAUGUGGUAGUACUUGCAGAGGUCACAUUACGUCUGACUGCAAUAUUGGAGAACAUAGCUGACUGUGCAAAUAAAUCAGCAAAAACAGGAGAAAGAAGUGAAUCAGUAUUACCUUCACAAACUCAUAUCUGUGACAUUCCUGAAAUACUGAAGAAAAGCCCUGCAGAACAGUUACAUUUUGCUUAUGAAAAUCUUGAAAAAGCAAUUAAUGGAAUGAACACGUCUCGCUUAAUGACCAUUUUACCAGAUGGAAAAUCAGUACUUGACACCUAUUGUACAAAGAAGAAUUCAAAUGGCCAAAAUCUGAAUGCUUCUUCAGCAUAUGGUGAUGAUAAGCAAGCCCCAGGAAACAAUUUUGUGAUGGAUUUACACUUGGAGCUUAUUCAGGCUCAACACAGAGUUGCUGUGAAACUUCUUAACAUGAAACAAGGUGUUCAAAUGAAUGGCAAAAAUCUCAAGUCUACCAAGUCUCCUGGGAAAGAUGUAAAUUGCCUUAAUCUCUUCACAGAAUCAGAUAUAAUGAAUAAAAUAAAAAAGAAUAAGUUAUCCAAAGCUAUCUUCCUGAUGCAAAAGGCUAUAUUGAUGUUCCCUAAAGGCUCAGCCAGUUCUUUCCAAAAGCACCUCCUUGAGGAAGCAUUAGCUUUAAUUCAGAAGGUUGAAGCUGAACAAAAUGCAUUGUACUCCAGUCUGAAACAAGCUAUGACUAGCAAGAAAAACAGAAUCCCCCCUCCUCCUCUGUUGCUUUCCAGAUCACAUUGCUCCAUGACAUUUAAACCAGCCCCAUUCACCUCAGAUGUUCAGGUUUCAUGGUACAGUAUUUUGGGCUGUGUAGCAGCAGGAAGCAAUUUAAAAGUAAGAUUAAAUAAUCAUCAUCUUCCAAAUGCAGGAGAAGAGAUACCAGCUGAUGGAAAAAGUCUUUUGGAAAUAAAAGGCUUAGAUCCCAAUGAAAAGUACAUAUUUGCAGUUGCAGCAUAUUCCUCGGAUGGAAAGCUUAUUGGUGAUGCCAUUGGGGAAACAACUAAACCAAUCCUUGCUUAUCCACCACUUUCUGCUACUACUGCUCGAGCAUACCUGACUCAGAUUGCCUAUCAGACAGAUAACUAUACAUUAGCCAAAAAAGCAUUUUCACCACUUUGGGACUAUUUUGUCUUGCCUCCUUCAACACCAUCUGCUGAUCCUGCAGUUAUUUCUGCAAGCAACAAUUUGACUAUAUCUCAGAACAGAUUAUGUCUUGAUGCUGUAUCUCAGACUUCUCCAAUCCUCUUGCACCUCUUUCUUAGGAGCAUUUUUAUUAUUAAUGAGAUUAAUGUUAAGGAAGGAGCACUCUUCUGUGAUUCCAUUUGUUCCAAAGAGAUACUGUACAAUGGACAGGUUGCUAGACUAGCUGAAUGUGAGAGAAUGGUAGUGGCGAUUGAACUCAGUAAUUGGUUAAAUGAUGCAAAUUAUGCCCUGCAAUCUGUUGUUCAAUGUUAUGGUCUCCUUGCUCCGAUUAUCUAUCACAAGAUUGCUUCAGUGCCAGUAGUUCAGAUCCUCAUCAAGUGUCUAACAGUCCUGCAAGAAAUCCCAAGUUCUACCUUACAGAGGAAGCAGACAGGUUGUUAUGAGAGUAUUCAGCAUAUGAUAGCUUGCUCCUCCUUUUAUACAGCACAGGUACUGCGUUCAUGGAAAGAAUAUGAACUAGCAUUAAUUAUUAUCAACUAUGGGAAAAAGUUGUUGGAUUCUUCACAAACAUCCCAUGGACAGUCUAAAUUCAGUAGUAUUGAAGAAAUGCAAAUUGACACAGAAACAGAAGAUGAGAGUCCUUACAGUAAAAAGAAGUCACAAGUAGCUGCAGUUGAAAAAGCAGCUGAGAACCUAGCAGCUCUGGAAUCAAACCUCCUCAAACUGACAAGACCAGGUACUGGACCAGAGAUUACAGGACAAGAAGAUCCUUUUUUUCUCUACCCUAUAAUUUCAUGUUGGACAACAAAGAAUGCCUACAGGGAGGUAAUGAAAUUCAGGAAGAAACCUCGUUUCCUUGAAUUCUUUGUUCAAGUUUUGCACAAAGCACUGAAUGAAGAGAAAUUUCAACGAAUAGUGGAAUGGACAGGCAGUGUGAAAGAUUUCUUAAGAAGGAGGAAUAACCACCUUCUUGGUAUUAAGGGAACUCUGGCAAAGGAAGUAAGUGAGCUCAGUGUAUAUGAAGAUGCAAAGCGGCACACAACAGCAGUAGUGGAGUUCCAAAAAUCCGUAGAGACAUCAGCGUUGAGGAAACCAAGAAAAGAAGUAAUGUCCCCCUUUAGAGGAAGAGAGAGUCUUAGACAAUAUUUCCUGAGACACUCAAGUCUGGGGAAAUCUCCAGAAGCACAAAGGAAACAGCGAGAUGAGAUAGAAAAAGUAGCUUUUCACACUCUGGUGGUACUACUGAAUCCAAUUGUUAGUAAUUACUUAAAACGAAAAAGGUUCCAUCAGGUGUGUCUUGAGGAGAUGCCCUGGAGGUCUCAGAUGAACAUUUAUCUGGCAAUUACUCACUUCAAUUUGUUUAAAAAGAGGCUGGAAGAGCAAUAUAAUAUUGGAGUUCGCAGUUUACAACAUUUGAACAGUUAUGAUGUUCUGGACCCUGAAAUAUUCUCAUUAAAUAAUUCUGGCAUCAUAGUCGUGAGAGGAGGAACAGAUGACAACAUAGGAACCCUGAGUCACUUGCUGAUUAAAAGAAUACAAUCAGGAAGUAGCAGAAAAAUAACUGAUCCUGAUAAAUCUUCAGAGCGCAGCACUAAAUUCAGUGAAGCAGAUACUCCUCGAUCUCAAAUGACAAAUGAUACAGAGUUAUCCAUUACUCUUUCCGCCAGAGAGCAUGAACGGCCUAUGUCUAAUGCCAUUCUGUUAGAGCAUUUCACAAAAACCUUUCUGCAUUUAAGAAGAGCAAUGGUUCUCGCUCAUCGUGGUGGCCACUGGACAUUGCUUCAAAAUACCUGCCGAGAGCUUUGGAACCAUAGUCAAGAAGCGCUGUCAAUUGCCAAGCAUUCACAUUCUCUUCAAGGAUUAUUUCCUAUUACCAGAAAUUUUCUUAUCAGCACAAUCUGGUUGCCAUUCUAUUUGGCAUCAGAUGCAAUCCUUGAUAUGAUAAUUGAACUACAAACUAGUAAUUCCCUUAAGAUUUUUGAUCCCAAAGGAGAUUUCUGUGUUCCAAGUUGUGUAGGAGGAAUUGCGGAUGAGGAUGGGGGUUCUAAUCUUACUUUUUGCUGCCCUCUUGAUGAUAUCAGUGUGGUUGACUUGAGAUGGAUAUGUGGUCUGGUACUAAGAACUAUAGAGCUCAUGUAUCAAAUGAAGAAAUGGGAAGCACUGGUACAUAUAGCUAUGCAUUUUAAUACAGUUACACAUGAAAGAUAUGCAGAACAAGUGACUCCACUUCUGGUAUAUGCACAAAGACAACUUCUGGAGAGAAUACAGCAAUUCAGAGGCCCAGAUAGUCCUCAGCCUCAUUUCAUAAAAUACCAGGGUGAUAAUGCAAAUAAGAUAAAUUGCAGAAACUUCAUUGGAAAACAGUUGCGUAUUGCCAGCACAUUUAAUGAAGUGACAGUUUCUGGACACCAUUUUGUUCCUGAGAUGCCAGAUACUUAUACAGAUGGCAGUCAAGCACAAGCCCUGGUUUGUGUCCCUCUUGAUGUGACAGACACACUGAAAUGUUUCAGAGAAACCCUAAAAAAAUCUAAAUACCACAGCAGAGCACUUAGACACAGCAGAAAAUUGCUUUCACUAUUUCUUGCUCACACACAAGAAACCGUUGGAAGAGUACCCAAUCAGAUCUUUACAAAUGGAAAAGUGGAAUUUAGUGUGGGAGCUGAACUGACAUUUCUACCAAAACCACCUGACCUUUCUCAAGAAAAAUAUAAUUUCCCCAGUAUGGUCGAAAGCAGACCAUUACCUGAGUCACAGCUCUCAGUAGUUGUCUCUUCAUAUGAAAAAACUAUUGAAAUUCUUCAAAUAAAUAACCAGCGAGACCUCAAGGUGCAGGCUCUGCAUGAACUUGGAAAUCUUCACUUUUAUGCAGGAAAGAAGAGAUCUGCUUUUAAAUAUUGGUGUCAAGCCCUUGAUGAAACACUCAAAAUAGCUGAUGUACUUGACAACUGGCAAGAGUUAGAAGGCUUUUCAAAAAAUGUUCCUGACGACUUUACAGAUGGAAGUUCUAAACAUUUUAGUGAGAAAUGUAUUUAUCAGGCUGGAAUUUGGGGGUGCUUGCAUGCAGCAGUUUUAGCAGCUAAGAUAGCUCAGUACAUAUUGACAUCAAGUGUGAGACUAAGAACUAAAUGCUGCAUUUUCUCUGCUAUACUGUUUAAGACACUGUUUAAAGUCUCUAUUCCACAUCCCACAGCUGAUUGUGAUUUUGCACAAUAUGAAAUACACAGGCUUAUUCCUGGCAUUGAUUUGUUCUCUGAUCGCUACAGAGCUGAUGUCUCCACUGUAGUUGCAAGUCUGAGUUUCCUUAUAUUUGAAUUGCAUUGUGCAAAGCAAAAUCUAAUAGUUUUGCCACUGUUUACGUUGUACCAAUACUUUGUUUCUGAAAUUUGUCGGGACCCGGUUAAAUGUAUUGAAGGAAGAAUCCUCAAGAUUAAAGUACUUACAGAUUUAGGAUUUUUUGCGGAGGCUUUCUAUGAACUGUGUCUGCUCAAUCAUGGCGAAAAAAUUCCCUGGAAAGUAUCUGCAGGCUACAGACUUACUGGGAAAAUGAUGUCUUUUCAGAAAUUCAGCUCAAAACCCCUCCUGUCGAACGCAAACUUACAGGUACUGGAAGACAUAUUUAAUUGGAGUCUACCUCCAGCUGUGGUUUCAAUGUGUGAUCAACAAAUCAUGAAUAAAUUAACUUUGGCCAAAAUGCAUUUUAUCAUUUGUCUUUCGGCAACAAUAAAUAGGUAUUCCUGAAAAGUGAUGAAAACAAUUUAUUCUAUGGAUAACACUAGCUUAAAAAAGCCAAGCAGAAUCAUGGAGUCAAGCAUAAAAAUUAAUGCAGAAGUUACAAGACACCAGGAACAAAGCAGCAUUAUUGUGCAACUGGUCAGAUGCAAAGACGAAUUAAAUAUGGCUAUGCUAAAGGGGAUUUUAUUGACAGAAACUGAAGAAAGGCUUAACUCUCUUGUAGCCAACAUACAGAAUGAAUAUGAUGGGAAGAUUUCUCGCUGUUCUGCUGUAGAAUUAGAGACUGUUAUUGAGGCCAAGCUUCAGCUUGCAGUUAUUUCUCAGCAGAGACAUCAAACUGCUUUCAGUGCUGCUUUGGCUUUCUCUGCAAUUCGACUUCUUCAGGAUGCAAACAUUUUCAGGAAGAAUGUUCCACAUAUUCAGCUAAAUAUACAGCGAACAGAGCGUCGAGAUUCUUAUAUAGACAGUAGUCAGCUGCCUUACAAUGUAAUAGCACGAGAACAUAUGAACAUACGUCUGUGGCUGCGAUGUCGCAUGGCAUUAGUGACUGCACUAACAGCACAGAUCCGUGGCAUUGGUGAUAUGAAAGAAAAUGACAUGACUGAUUGCUCAAGUCUAAUAAAUGAAGUAAUAAUAGAAGCAGAGGCCUUCAGUGACAUUGAGACACAGGCUGAAGUGCUGGUGCAAGCGGUUAUACUGGACCUGCAAGAAAGGCGCCCUGUGACUGGCAUUAAGCUUCUUCUGCAGGAUAUAAUCAAUUUACUCCAAGAAAAGCCAUUUAUUUCCCCUAUGGCUUCUUUAACACUAGUGAAAAGUAUGCUUCUGCUGGCAGACAUAUUGACAACACAAACAGAUGAAGACACAGAGCAUCACUCUUCUGCAAUCAAACAAUUAAACUUGUUAAUUCUGGCUCACAAAUUUACUAUUAAACAGAUUUUUACCCUUGGAGCACCAAUCAAACAGUGCAUAGAAGACCCUGCAUUGACAAGUCCAGUGGUUCCUUUGAAAAAUAAUUACUUGCCAGUUAUUAAUUUACUGGCAAAAGUCAAAAUGAGAAUUGCACAUGCAUUAGCGCAAGAAGUAGCUUCCACAUCUAAAAGAGAGAACCCAUUAGAAUGGUUACCUGCUCUCAGUCACUUAGAAACAGCAUUGGACCUUUGUAGGACAUCUGCAACCAGAGAAUUAGAUUUGGAAGCGGAAAUUCUUUUUCAGAAAGGUAAGGUAGAGCGCCAGAUUAUUGAAGCUGGUAACAAUAAGUCACCACGAGCUGCUGAAACCCUAUUGGAUGCCAUAAAAGUGAGCCAGCGAAAUGAUCAAAACUUUGGGCUGAUAAGGAAAUCCUACCUGGAGAUAGCACUGUUAUAUUUCCAUUUGGCUACAUAUAAGGAAGAGACUUCACAAACUGUUAAGAUAGAGGCAUCCAAAACAAAGACUACUCCUAAAGAACACUUGGCUUCUACUGAGAGAAUACCCCAUAUAACUGAAGUGUACAGAACACAGGCCUGGAUUGCAGUCAGAGCAGCUACACAGGUCAGUGAAGCUAUGCUUGCUUCUCAGCUAUUAAUUGGAAAGAAGGGUGUUAAAGGCCACCAGGUGAAAGCCAUAACAGAACAGAACAUCCCAGAAUUUGCUUCUAUGGACCUUCUUGCUUCAUACAAAGAUUUUUUAUCUGAUGGAUAUGAGGUUCGCUAUAAAAACCUUAUGGCCUCUUCUAUCAAAAAUGAAGAAAUCAUACAAAGUGAAAAGGACCAAAUAGAAAGUGAAGGAACAGAAUGUAAUAUCUCCAAGGACAUCCAGAGGAAACAAACUAUAACAUGGGUCCAUUUAAUCCGCUACCAUAAUUACUUAAUAAGACAUAACAUGAGCCCUCUCUUUGCUGUCUCCAAAUCAACACCUGGAUCAUUUUCUAUGGAAGAUGCACUGUUCACUUCUGUUUUUGAUACAGGAGUUGUUCUACGUUUAGCAGAAAUGCAUUUUUUCCUUAAAAAACAUCUGUAUAUUUAUUCAACAUGCUGUCUUGAAGAUUUUCCAAAACAGCUGCAGUUUUUAGAAAAACCAAGUGCUAGUCUGGCUGCUGUUCCUGUCAAGAUGUCUCUAGAAAUUCUUGGAGCCCCACAUAAGAUGUCCACAGUGAGAAUAGCCUCCACUGUUUCUUUUUGCACAGACACAGACAUUCAGCUAGACAACAGGGCAACGAUUGCUCCAAACAAGGAACUUUGCAUUCAGUGGUACAUUCCAUCUCUGGAGAAAUCAACAAAAGAUAUGGAGACUAUGGUUUUGCUGCUUUAUGCUUACAAUACAAAGUAUGUCAAGAUUGUCAGCAUCAAGACUUUCAAUUCAGCCAAUGUGUUUUCUGGUCACUUGUGGAUUCCACUGACUAGAAUUAUUUCCUUACAUGAAAAAUUGUCUAAUGUGAAACAGCAAAUUGAAAUUUUGGUGCAGUCAUCUACAAGUUUUCCUUUACAAGAACAAAGUGAAAGACAGAGACGAAUGCCUUCAACAAAGUCCAAAAUUAAUCUUGCAAAGGUGGAACUGGAUGAAAAAAUAGAAGAAAUGCUUAAACAAUGUUUGUGUGAAAUAAAAGCUUUGCUGUGUGUUGUUCCAGAUCUGUCCUCUCCAUUAACUGAGAUCCCAUUUGAUGUUACUUUGCAGUCAAUACAAAAUUUGGAGAAAAUGUUUGAUCCUGCUAAUGGAUGUGUGAUAGCUGGAGGAAGCCUUUUCAGCUGGGUUAUAUCUCUGCUCCCUUGAAUUUUCAUUCUCUAGUAAUUUAAUCAAAUACUGAAUUUCACAGUUUUAAAGGUCAAAUUGUGUUCCUACUUAAGCCAGUGGGAAUUUUGCCAUUGAUUUUAAUGGGACCGAGAUCUGGCCCCUAUUGAUUUAUGUAGCUUUUAGUUACAUUUUGGAAAAUGUCACCUUUUAUUUUUUAUUAAAUAAGUUAACUUUCCUUCUUCCUUAUGUUUCUUAAUCAAAAAAUGUCUUUUUCAGGAAUUAAUGUUCUUACAGGAACUUUUUGUAGUAAAAAGACUUAAAAUGUGAGUUAUUCAGUCCUAAAUAAGUGAGUUUGUAUUUUGCUGGGGUUUCUCCUUUUCAAAAACCUCAUGUUGAUUAAAAAAUGUGAAUAGGCCAAAAAGACUGUUUGCCCUUGAGAUACUGCAGGCCUCGUAGCCUCCUAAUAUUCAAAUAUAAACUAUAGAUUUUUCCAUAAAACAUGUAUUAUAUGCUAAAUUUUACCCGUACACAUUUAACUACUUUUGCAGUUAGUCACAGGUGCUUCUACUGACGAGCUUCAUUGAGAAACAACUACCUGAAACCACUGCACUGGACUCCUUUCACAAUUUCACUGCUUUUAAAUUACAAUUUCAGACUCCUCUCUCUUUGUUAAAGGAAGAAAAACUCUUACAUACUGCUGACAGUGAAACUGAUUUGUUUGAAAGCGGUAUAUUUAGAUAUCGCCAUAUAAUUCUGAAGAGAGAAUCUGUAAACAGGCAAAUUUAAAAGCUACAAAAGUAUAGUACAAAGGUAUUGUAUCUUUCAUACAAUAUUCUAAAAUGCUUAACAAAAUAACAUUGAAAAUAUGUAUAAAUGCUAAGUAGUAUUAUUGUUUGAAAAUUUGGACAAACAUUAACUAAAGUUAGGGUGACCAGAUGAGAGACAUGAAAUAUCGGGACUAGGGGGGUGCCGGCAGAGCAACAACGCGCCCCCCCAAGACCCAGUGGUGAAGUGGGGGGAGGGGAAACAAGAGUCACCAGAGCAUAGGAAAAAUUCCUGGGGACUGAGCACCUAUUGGCAGCUCCACGCCCUGCCCCUCCACACCAGCUCACCUUCACUCUGCCUCCACCUCUCCUGAGCU